CCCGGCAAUUAGCCCGUUCCUCCGGCCCAUAAAUUAGAUAUUGUAUCGCCAAUUUCUUGUGUUGUAGUGGGUCUGGGGAAAUGCUGCGGAGAACCUCGUGGGGUGCGGUGCUAAUAGAAUAGGGGAAUCGGGUCAUCAUUGUACAUUCGGCUCUAUUAAGGCCGUGGUUGUCCGUGUAUACCAGCCGAAGUUGUUAUCUUAAUGAGGCCGCCCUUCGCGAUAACUACAGCGGAUCUAGCUAGGGACAAGCAAGACCGACUACCUCGCUUAGGUCAUAGUAUGGCUUCUUAUCUUAUUGCUCUUUUCCUCCUUCUCUUCUCACAUGGUGUGGCCGCUACAGGCGGCCUCAAUGGGCUGCCUGUAUUGAAUGGGAUCAUCCCUUCGGUCUCCUCAUUCCCGGGGAUGAAGACCAGAAUUGGUCAAUUUGUUCAUCCCGGACUUUGGCACACACACGAUGAUCUGGAACGUAUGAGGCUUGGUGUCGAAGGAGGCGAAGAACCCUACGCGUCAGCAUUUCGCAACUUCAGUGCCGAUACAUACUCGGCGGCUAAUUAUAUAAUCCAAGGGCCCAAGCAGGUCAUAUGUCGGGGGUCUUGCAGUAACUAUACCAGUUUCUCUAAUGAUGCCCGUGCUGCAUGGCAGAAUUCCAUCAUGUGGUACAUAACCAGGCGCCAAGACCACUGGAAUAGAGCCACUACGAUCCUGGAUGCUUGGGGUUCAAACUUGACGGACAUCAUCGGCACCGAUACAUCUCUCCUCGUAGCCCUAGAUGGUGAUUUGUUUGUGAAUGCGGCGGAGAUCAUGAGGUGGGAAGGGGGAUGGGUGGAACAGGGGGCGAAAGCUUCAGGGACCUCGGGAUUCGCCAAUCAGCUUUAUUGGUUGUUUGCAAGACAGUCGAUCAUAAUAGGUCAAGCAAACUAUGGCCUAGCGAGCAUUAAGGCCUUACUUUCAUUCGCAGUAUACCUUGACGAUGUAGCAAUGUAUAACUAUGCCCUCAAUGCGUACCAGAACGAUCUCUGUGCUGGUGUGCUCGGAAAUUGGCAUACGGAAACCGGGCAAGGUGCGGAAACUGGAAGAGAUCAAGGUCAUGCUCAAACAGGACUUGGUUGGGCUGCCGAGGCCGCCCGAGUCGUCCAGUCUCAGGGUUACGAUGUUUAUUCCCUCCACGACAACCUAAUUCUGAAAGGUGCUGAGUAUACAGCUAAGUACAACUUGGGAUACGAUGUACCAUACGACCCAAAAUUCUAUCGGUGUGAGGCAAUUUUAGUUAAUGGCCCUUGGGACGCGCCUUCGAACAUAAGCCGGGGUGCUGCCAGUGGACCGCAUGUGUGGGAUAUCUUCUAUUACCAAUAUGUCGUCAAGAGGGGCAUUGAUGCACCUUACAUUACGGAAGCAAAAUCUGCCCAUGACGCAGCCGGCGGAGAACAGACCGGAAAUGGAAAGCUUUCAACAGACCAUCCAAUGUGGGGAGACCUCAUAUGGUCAUAUCCAAGUAAGGGGGAUUUCUUCAACGACACCGGUCGUACAAUCUGGGGAGGGGGUAAGAUAGGAGCGAAUGGUACCGGGAAUCAUAACUCAUAGUACUAAUAAUCUGGGUAUUAAUAUAAAAGAAUCCCCGUUUGCGAUA